UAACAAUAUGUAGCAUUCACGGAACCUCCUCCACCAAGGCGUUUGGUAACGUUAGCGUUAGUCGAGUUUGGUAAUAGGGGAAAACAAAAGGGCAGAAGGUGGGGUGGGAUCUAGAUUUUGACAGGAACACAUAGGGACUGCUUCCAAUAAUCCGGAGCGAUGUUUUCCCUCCCUACAACUUUUCAGCCACAGGUCACGGUGCCACUGAGCCACCUUAUCAAUGCCCUUCAUUCCAUCAAAACCUCCGCCAGCUCUGCAGCCACAGCAUCUGUGCAGACUCUGCAGAAGGAGCUCCCACAAGAGCAAGACCAUCUGCUCAAAGAGGCCAAAGUGAGCUUACGGGAGCUGGGCUUGUCUGACCUAUGCGUGGGUCACCUCGGGGAGCUGGUCAGUAGGCUCCUGCCCAGGUUGGAGCCAGGAGUAGGUCCAGUCCACUCUAUCCCUCACCACUCUCCCAGCUGGAGAAUAUCACACACCUCCACUGAGUCUUUCUUCCAUAACAAACAUGGGUUCUCUACCAGAGCAGUGGGGUUGUUCCGGCCCUCACCAUUCCACAGACACAGUUCUAGUCCUCUACAGGCCAUCUGCUCAGAGCUCCAACACUGGCCCGUGUGGGUCCAGCAUCGCGGCUUCAAGACGCUGCGUAAAGCAGCAAGGCGUCAGCAGUCGGAUGCUGAGGGCCAAGGCGAGGCAGAAAGCUACACUCCAAGCUUCAUGAAGGGUCUUUUGAUGAAGGACAAAGGCCCACAGAUUGACAGUAUAGACGGCAUGAUGAAGAACAGGAAUCUGUCUGGCAGUGAUCAGGACGCCUUUAAGACUGGUUUCACAGAGGGCUUCAUGAAGUCCAUAUCUAUGACCCAAAGGACACAAGAAUCGCUAAGGAGAACGCGCUUGAUCCUUCUGGUCCUUCUCCUGGUGGGCAUCUAUGGCUUGGCCAAAACCCCGUUCCUCUCAGUGCGCUUCCGCACUACGGCUGGCCUGGACUCAGCUGUAGACCCGGUCCAGGUAAAAAAUGUGACAUUCGAGCAUGUGAAGGGCGUUGAUGAGGCCAAGAGCGAGCUGCAGGAGGUGGUCGAGUUCCUCAGGAACCCCCAGAAGUUCACAGUUCUUGGCGGAAAGCUUCCCAAAGGUAUCCUCCUGGUUGGCCCACCAGGCACAGGGAAGACGCUGCUGGCCAGGGCAGUGGCUGGAGAGGCUGAUGUGCCCUUCUAUUACGCCUCGGGCUCGGAGUUUGAUGAGAUGUUUGUAGGAGUGGGAGCCAGCCGCAUCAGGAACCUCUUCAAGGAGGCCAAGGCCAAUGCCCCAUGUGUCAUCUUCAUUGACGAGCUGGACAGUGUGGGUGGGAAAAGAAUAGAGUCGCCCAUGCACCCCUACUCUAGACAGACCAUCAACCAGCUGCUAGCAGAGAUGGAUGGGUUUAAGCCAAAUGAAGGGGUCAUUGUCAUCGGCGCCACAAACUUUGCUGAGGCUUUAGAUAAUGCCUUGGUCCGUCCAGGAAGAUUUGACAUGCAGGUGACUGUCCCUCGCCCAGAUGUGAAGGGCCGCACAGAGAUCCUCAAAUGGUACCUGAAGAAAAUCAAAAUGGAUGAAGCUGUUGAUGCAGGAAUCAUCGCCAGGGGUACCGUGGGCUUCACCGGGGCUGAGCUAGAGAACCUGGUCAACCAGGCGGCUCUCAAGGCUGCCAUCGAUGGUAAAGACGUGGUGACCAUGAAGGAUCUGGAGUUCGCCAAGGACAAGAUCCUCAUGGGCCCCGAGCGCAGGAGUGUGGAUAUUGACAAGAAGAACAAGACCAUCACUGCCUACCAUGAGUCUGGACAUGCCAUUGUGGCCUACUACACCAAAGAUGCUAUGCCCAUCAACAAAGCUACCAUCAUGCCCCGCGGGCCUACCCUGGGUCAUGUGUCCAUGCUGCCUGAGAAUGACCGCUGGAGCGAGACCCGAGCCCAGCUCCUGGCCCAGAUGGACGUCAGCAUGGGGGGCCGUGUGGCAGAGGAGCUCGUAUUCGGAGAUGAUGAGGUCACCACAGGUGCAUCAAGUGACUUUGAUGGAGCCACCAAAAUAGCCAAGAUGAUGGUGACUCGUUUUGGGAUGAGCAGCAAGCUGGGGGUGAUGACCUACAAUGACGUCACAAAGCAGAGUCCAGAGACACAGGCUGCCGUGGAACAGGAAGUCAGGGUGCUGCUGGAGGACUCAUAUGAACGUGCUAAGAACCUCUUGAAGAAAUAUAACAAAGAGCACCAGAAGCUGGCCGAUGCCCUGUUGGCCUAUGAGACACUGGAUGCCAAGGAGAUUCGGCUGGUGUUGGAGGGCAAGGCCCUAGACCCCAGAUGAUGCCACCUGCCCAAAAGACUGAUAGUAAUGCCCCAUGUGUAAAUAUCUUUCUGUGUUAUUGCGCAGAAAGAAUCUCUUGUUUUUUUUUUUUUUUGGUUUGUUUGUUUUUUUUAUUAUAUAUAAACCCACUUUCAGACCAACCUCCCCCUGUACUGGAUUUUUUUUUUUUUUUUAGCCCAGAUGUAGCCGAUUGAGUCGCCCCAAAUUGGUCAUUACCAUUGGUUCUUUUUAGUAAUUGUCUUUUUUUUUUUAUUUUUUUUUUUAUCAGGGCGUUCAGGUGUGUAUAACCUCCCCAGAUGUCAAACCUACAUGGUGAGACGCUGUGUAAAGGAAGGCAGUGGACACUUGUUCUCACUCUGUAGUCUGAGAUAUACCUUCGUAAAGAAUCCCAUCACGUAAUAAUGUUUUACAUUGUAACAGUCGAGGGGAAUAAUCUUUAGUUGCAAAGCAACUAGUACUGUAUAUCACCUCAAAUAGCCUUUCUGUGAUCAGGAUAUUUGGAGACUUGGGAUUAGCUCUCCACUUUUUUUUGCAGCUCUGAGAAAAUAAAAACUGUUGAUGGAAGGCAAAUAUAGUGAGUUCCUAAUGCAGUGUCUCUUUCGUGACUUCAUAAUGUCAGUAUUCUUGCAUUGCAUCUUUUUUUUCCCCUCUGCAUCAUGUAGGGUUGGAGUGAUCAGUCUGUUCAUUGUAAAUUCUAGUUUUUUUUUGUUUGUCUUCUAGUAGUUGGAUAGGGUUGACUUCCUUCUCCGCCUGAAUUAGAACUUUCAUUCUUGCAUUCAAAUAUAGAUGACUGUAACGAUUUUAUCCAUUUAAGUUAUUUAUUCAGAUGAAGCCAGCCGGCUCCAUCUUCUCUCCAUUGAAGUUAUGCUUGAAUAAAUAUGUAAGAGAGGAAAAAAAAACAAGUCAAUGUAUAUAAGUGUGCGUAUAUGAAUGUUCACCGAUAAUGUUCACCCUACCCAGGUCUGUUUCUGAAAUCAGAAAAAAAGAUCUAGGCUGUGGAAACAUAAAUAAAGGCCUCCUUAACUUUU